UUAGUAAUAUAUUCGAGAUGAGCAAAUAAAUAAAUGUUAGUAAUAUAUACUGAUCGCGAGUGGUUUAAAACAGUGACUUUUGCUAUAAUUCAGUUGUUAGUAUUAUUAACUGUGAAACUAAAUUACAGUGUAAUACAAACCAUAGUGAGUACAGAAAUUUCACAAAUUCGUUGAGUGGAUUCCAACAGUGAAUAUCCCUCCUAAAAAUAUGACUCCGUAAAUAGAUUAGACGUCUGAAACUAUUGUGGCAGAACAAGAACAGUUUGAAAAUCAAAAUAAUGACUUUAAAUAAAUAACAAAGUGUUAUCGCCAAAGUGUAUGAUUGUGAGGGACUUAAGAGAAACAAAUAUACAACUGGGCUUGUUUAAGGAUGUGUAAAAACGUCCAAAUCAGUUUAAAAAUAGUUAUUUAAUCAAGGACAACCAAAACAAGUCUAGAAACUCAAGAUUUUUAACUCACAACUUACUCUAAAAGUUUAAUUAUAGUCUGAAACUGGAUUGCCAAGGAAAAUGUCCAACUCCGACUCACCAACGCCUUCGAGCGCCGAAGACACCCCAUCCUCAUCACCCUCGCCAGACCCUGAAACAAUAAACAAAUUCAACUGGCUAAAGCACGCAAAGAAUGCGAGAAACAACCCCUUCGUGAAAGCCCGCCCGUCUCUAAAUCGAGAGAGUUCGACUGCGGAAUUGUUUUCCCGGGAAAGUUCUAGUUCGGAUUUCUUUCAGAAUUCCACUCUCAACUUGUUUGAUACCGCGCCGAAGCCGGAAACGACGCAGGGUUACGGAAAGGGUGUUUCUUACAUAGGAUGGCAUCAACGGACGAAGCUGGAAAGAGUUCUGCUCGUUACGACUGCUGUUCUCCUGGUAGCUACUCUCCUCACCACUGCAGUGUUGCUGACGAUGCGGGGCCCGUCAUACAUACCCGUACCACCCUGCUACCAACCUGAGCCAAAAGAAAGCGACGUCUGUCUAUCCGGUUCCUGUAUUUACACGGCCAGCGAGGUGAUCAGAGCGCUGGAUGAAACACAGAAUCCUUGCGAGGACUUCUACGACUUCGCAUGCGGUGGAUGGAUAAGAAACAAUCCGAUACCGGAAGGGAAGUCCAGUUGGGGCAUCUUCAGUAAGAUCGAACUGCAAAACCAGCUUAUCAUCAGAUCUGCAAUUGAAAAGGUGAACAUAACCAGCUCUUCAGACGCAGAAGGCAAAGCUCGGGUGUACUACGAUGCCUGUAUAGAUACAAACGAGACUAUAGAGAAAUUGGGAGAGAAACCUCUGACCAGCAUCAUAAAGAAGCUUGGAGGCUGGCACAUACUGCCCAGUACUAUGGUGAAGCAGCAUAAAUGGGACCUACAGAAGUUGCUGCAAGACGUACAAAAUACGUAUAAUUUGGGUGGUCUUUUCAAUUGGGCUGUUACAGAGGAUGAUAGAAAUUCUUCUAAACACGUCAUUGUUCUUGACCAAGGAGGUCUUAAUCUACCAACUCGCGACAACUAUUUAAACAAAACAGCGCACAAGAAAGUCCUAGACGCAUAUUUGGACUAUAUGACCAGAAUAUGUGUGCUGCUUGGAGCAAACAAAACUGAAGCGCGAGAACAAAUGAGCAAAGUGAUCAAAUUUGAAACCGAUCUUGCAAAUAUAACUAUACCUUCGGAAGAUAGAAGGGAUGAAGAAGGAUUGUACAAUCCUUACACAAUUCAACAGUGGCAGAAGGUAGCGCCGUUUCUCAAUUGGUCCGUCUUCUUCAAUGAUGCAUUUAAACUUGUGAAUCGAAAGAUUUCCGACAAUGAAACAAUAGUUGUAUACGCUCCUGAAUAUUUCAAGAAUCUGACCAAAGUCCUAAGGCGAUACAGUAAAACAGAAGAAGACCAAAGGACUGUCACAAGCUACAUGAUGUGGCAAGUGUCCAGAUCUCUAUCUACGUACUUAUCAAAAUCCUUCCGCGACGCCACUAAGAUAUUGAGAAAAGCGCUGUUCGGAUCCGAAGGCACUGAAGAAUCUUGGAGAUACUGUGUCACUGAUACUAAUAAUGCUAUUGGGUUUGCAGUUGGAGCUAUGUUUGUGCGAGAGGUAUUCCAUGGUGAAGCCAAGACCCAAGGUGAAAUCAUGAUCGACAAUAUAAGAUCGGCUUUCAAGAAACAUUUGAAGAAUUUGGAAUGGAUGGACGCAGAGACGAGGGAAGCGGCGGAAAUAAAAGCUGAUGCAAUUACUGAUAUGAUAGGUUUUCCCGACUACAUCCUGCAUAGAGAUGAGUUAGAUAAGCAAUACGAGGAACUGGAGGUAAAGCCGAAUGAAUACUUCGAGAACAAUAUCGCAUUCAACGUUUUCAGCCUAAAGCAUGAUCUAAGGAAGUUGGAUCAACCUGUUAAUAAGACUAAAUGGGGCAUGACACCAUCAACAGUCAACGCUUACUACACCCCAACGAAAAACCAGAUUGUAUUCCCAGCUGGUAUCCUCCAACUGCCGUUUUAUGAUGGGGAUAAUCCUAAGAGCGUGAACUAUGGUGCCAUGGGUGUUGUGAUGGGACACGAGUUGACCCAUGCUUUCGACGACCAAGGUCGAGAGUAUGAUAGAUUCGGCAAUCUAAACCGAUGGUGGAACAACGCAACCAUAGCGCGUUUCAAGAACCGCACACAGUGUAUACAGAAGCAGUACUCUAACUAUAUGAUGGAGGGACAGCAUUUAAAUGGAAAGCAGACUCUUGGUGAGAACAUAGCAGACAACGGCGGUCUCAAGGCCUCUUUCCACGCUUAUUUAGAAUACAGCAAGAACGCUAAAUUAAAUCUAACUCUACCGGGACUUAAGUACAAUCAUCGGCAGCUAUUCUUCAUAUCUUUUGCUCAGGUAUGGUGUUCAGCAAUGACCAAAGAAUCAACAAAGAUGCAAAUUGAAAAAGACGAUCAUACCGUAGCAAAGUUCCGCGUCAUCGGACCAAUAUCGAACCUUCGAGAGUUUUCCGAAGAAUUCCACUGUCCUGUGGGAUCCAAGAUGAAUCCUAAGCAGAAAUGUGAAGUAUGGUAGAAAAUAGAACUACCAUGGAUGUAUGGUGUAAUCAUGCUUCGCCGGUUAAGAUGGGUGCGGUAUGCGAAAUAUUUUGUAUAUUCGGAACAUAGAUGAAAUAAAUGUUUGUUUUCAAUCUCUCUUUGGUAGCGAUACGAAAUAGGAAAUAAAUAUAAACCAUUUCAUUUCAUUGUAAUGGAGAUGAACAUUAGCAUUAGCAUAAUGGAUGCUGAAAAGCUAUUUGCAUAAUCGGAAGUUGGUUCGAAGGCCGAUUUAGUUUCAAUUAUUAAUUCUUCAAGAUAAAGUCAGAUCAAGAAUCAUUUUCGAUGAUAACACAAAGGAUUAAAAUUAAAUGCAAAACAUUUUGCAUUUUAGUUUAGUUCGUAAUAAUAAAAUGAUUUUAGGAAAGCAUUUGAUCAUGUAUCUCAAAUAAUACACAGGGUUUUCAGGAAUCCUUUUAAACCGUGAUUUGUGUUCAGACAAGGAAAAUAACACCAAAUAUUAUAAGUAUCGUUACUGUAAAACGUCUUUUUAGAAAUGAAUACUUCCCUAAGGUCUAGAAUGCCUGGUAUUUUACCUAGCGAGAGAACGUAUCUAGAAACGUAAAUGUGCCAAAUGUAGUUUUAAUAUUUGUUUCAAAUAUGUUUCAAUAUGACGAAAAUUGUAGCAACACGCAAGAGCUUAGCAGUGUUAUUAAAACGGGUAUAUUGUAGAUUUUUAAGUAAGAGCAGAAUAAAGUACAAUCAUAUUUUCUAUGGCCACAGACACCUUUUUUAGGUUUUGUAAAUGGUCUAUGGGUUUAAUUGUUUUAGUAGAGAAAUUUGAAUUUGUGACGUUUUGUUUAUGCAAAUGUAACUUUGAACUUGGUUUUGCUUUUCCGUGUACCCCCUUUUUUAAGGUAGGAACAGUACAGUAUCCUAAGUGAACUUGUGUAUUUCACAGGACAGUAAGUACUUACUAUUCUAUAAAAUACACAAGUUCACUGGUGAUACUUGUGCCAUUAUGUAAUUUUCUAUUUUACUUCAUUGAUUCACUAACUCGCUCGAUUGUAGCUAUUUUAGAAAGAGGUAUUUAGGUAACUUGCAAAUCGUCAGUGAAGUUCUAACAGAGCGUUAGUAGUUUUUAACGGGUUUUAAUAUUUCAAUGCGAUUUGAUGUAGACAGAUAACGCGCUUUCAUUUGAGAUAUUUUGAUAAAAUAUCUUUUAUUUCGUCAAUUGCUUGAUUUUAAAUCCUUUUUGCAAAUAUGUACUACACCAAUGGUUGCUAACAAAUAUUUUAUACAGUUUUAUUACCUACUUCCCUGUCAAGUAGACUUUUAGACAUACGCAUUGUUAGAAUUUCACUGACGAAAUAUACAGAGAUAAAUACAGAGCCACUUAAUUAUCUAAAAACCUGACGCUGGCGUCAUUUUAUGUGGCAAACGUACCGAAUAUUAUUAGUAAAAAAAAUGCUGAAAAUAUAUCCUUUUUAUAAAAUAUAAGUAGUCUGCAUUAGGUUGAAAAUUUCCUAUAUAUAUUAAUAAUCGGUAUAUGAUAUUUACUUCAAGAAUAACUCGGUGGGGCUGUGCUUUUACCGAUAAAUUUUAGCAUAUAGAAUUAAUAAAGUACAUAUAAAUAUUAUUUCUAUAAACUGAUUUAAAUACAGAGUUUAAAAUUAGGUUUGCAAAAACAAAACGCUUAAAAGAUGCAGACUUAAUAGAGAACUUGACAAAGAUGAAAAAUUCUUUCCAUCCUAAAUCCGGUUGAAGGAAUAUGGAAGGUUUAUAUAUUAGUUUAUAAAAGGCCACAAUUCGUUGACUGUGUAUAAAAGUGUAGUUUUUAAUAAGCUUCUUGUCUCGUAGUUGAUUAUAUUAAUAGUUAUUUUAUAAUAAUAAUGUUACCAAUCAUCAAAAUUCUUUUUUAAUUUUAAUA